AUGGCGGGUGCAGCGGCGCCGAGCCGGGCUCCUGGGGGACCGGGCCCCGCCGAGCCCGAGGCGGCGGGUGCCUGGCGCUGUCCAGAGCACGGCGACCGCGUGGCCGAGCCCUUCUGUCGCCGCUGCCGCCGCUGCGUGUGCGCGCUUUGCCCCGUGCUGGGAGCGCACCGCGGCCACCCGGUGGGCCUGGCGCUGGAGCAGGCGGCGCACGUGCAGAAACUCAUCCAAGAAUGUUUAAAGCAGUUGGCAACCAAGAAGCACCAGCAAGUUGGUAACAUAACCCAGACAGAAGGUGCUGCCGAGAAGCUCAAGGCUCAUGCAGAGUCAAGCAAAACCUGGCUGGUGGGGAAAUUCACUGAACUCAGAUUACUACUUGAUGAAGAGGAAGUGCUGGCCAAGAAAUUCAUUGAUAAAAACACACAGCUCACUCUCCAGGUGUACAGGGAGCAAGUUGAGUCUUGCGAGAAGCAAAUUGAUGUCCUGAACGAUCUCUCCAACAGGGUCUGGAGUAUCAGCCAGGAGCCCAAUCCUGUGCAACUGCUUCAGGCGUACACGGCCACCGAGCAGGAGGUGUAGUGGCAGAUGCAUCUCGGGGAGCUGUGCCACCCCGUGCCCCUCUCCUUCGAGCCCGUCAAGAGCUUCUUUAAAGGCCUUGUGGAAGCCAUGCAGAGCACAUUACAGACGCCACUGGAUGCGCGCCUUAAGGAAAACAUGGACUGCCAGCUCUCGGGCUCCUCCAGUGCCAAGCCUGGUACGUUGUUGAAAACAAACUCCUCACCAGAGCGAUCGCUCUUCUUAAAAUACGCGCGCACGCCCACGCAGGACCCGGACACGAUGCACGCGCGCCUGCGCCUCUCCGCCGACAGGCUGACGGUACGCUGCGGCCUCCUGGGCUGCCUGGGGCCGACGCCUGCGCUGCAGUUCGACGCGCUCUGGCAGGUGCUCAGUCGCGACUGCUUCGCCGCCGGCCGCCACUACUGGGAGGUGGAUGUGCAGGAGGCGGCCGCCGGCUGGUGGGUGGGCGCGGCCUACGCCUCCCUGCGGCGCCGCGGGGCCUCGGCCGCCGCCCGCCUGGGCUGCAACCGCCAGUCCUGGUGCCUCAAGCGCUACGACCUGGAGUACUGGGCCUUCCACGACGGCCAGCGCAGCCGCCUGCGGCCCCACGACGACCCCGACCGGCUCGGCGUCUUCCUGGACUAUGAGGCUGGCGUCCUCGCCUUCUAUGACGUGACGGGAGGCAUGAGCCACCUGCACACCUUCCGGGCCGCCUUCCAGGAGCCGCUCUACCCGGCCCUGCGGCUCUGGGAAGGAGCCAUCAGCAUCCCCCAGCUGCCCUAG